GCCGCCUCAGAUGAAAAAGUGCAUGAAGGUACCAAUGUGACCGUUCUGCAGGCGGUGACACGCCUUAUGGCGAUGAAGUCCAAGUACAAUUUCGCGAACAAUUGCUACAAUGGUAUCUUGAAGCUGAUCAUUGAUCUCCUUCCCUCAAAUCAUAAGAUGCCGAAAGACCUAUACCAAUCUAAGAAGAUUUUGGCCGGUCUGGGCAUGAAUUAUGAGAAGAUUGAUGCGUGCGAAAAUAAUUGCAUGCUAUUUUGGAAGGAACACGAGAACGAUACUCAUUGUAUGCAUUGCAAUGCGUCCAGAUAUGUGGAGGUCGUGAGUGAUGAUGGAGAGAAAGUAACUACAAAAGUAUCGGUCAAACAACUUCGGUACAUGCCUAUCACGCCAAGGCUUAAACGGUUGUAUCUGUCCCAAGAAACAGCAAAGCAGAUGAGGUGGCAUUCCGAAGGUAAACGUGAGAGCGAGGACAAAGAUAUUAUGGUGCAUCCUUCAGAUGGCGCAGCUUGGCAAGCUCUGGACCGUUUUGAUCCGGAGUUUGCAAAAGACUCCAGAAAUGUUCGUCUUGGGUUGUCAACAGAUGGUUUCACUCCUUUCAGCACCAGCAAUAGCCCUUAUUCUUGUUGGCCUGUUUUUAUCAUGCCCUACAAUCUGCCUCCCAACAUGUGCAUGAAAGAAGGAUAUAUAUUCCUCGCGGCCAUCAUUCCUGGUCAUAAACAUCCGGGGAAGAAAAUCAAUGUGUUUAUGCAGCCAUUGAUUGAAGAGUUGAAAGAGCUGUGGCAAGGGGUAAAGGCAUAUGACAGCCAUAAAAAAUGUGAAUUUACCUUACGUGCCGCGUAUCUAUACUCAAUCCAUGAUUUGUUGGCAUAUGGCAUUUGGGCUGGCUGGUGUGUCCACGGAAAAUUGUGCUGCCCCAUAUGUAUGGCAGACACGGAUGCGAUCUGGCUGAAGUAUGGAAAAAAGUCAGUUUCUUUGAUUGCCAUCGACGAUUCCUUCCUUCUAACCAUCCAGAGAGGAGAGAUAUUCAAUCAUUCCGAAAAGGCAGGAAGGUUACAAAAGGACCAUCUCGUCGAUUGACAAGCGAACAAAAAAUGGCAUGGCAUGAAAAGUUGAAAGAGUCUGUAGAAGGUGGCUUCGAAGGGUAUGGUAAAGAACACAACUGGACUCAUAUUUCAUUUCUUUGGGAGCUACCAUACGCAAAGGCGCUGCUUCUACCGCACAACAUUGAUUUGAUGCACCAAGAGCGUAAUGUCGCUGAAAGCAUCAUAAGCAUGUGUUUUGAUUUUACCGGUCAAACCAAAGAUAAUUUGAAUGCUAGGAAAGACUUAGCUGAUCUUUGUGAUCGUCCUGGGCUUGAGGUUAGAACAAAUACAAGUGGAAAUGAAAGUAGGCCACGAGCUCCAUACUGUGUGAAGCCAGAAGAAAGAAAGCAAAUAUUUAGUUGGUUGAAAACAUUGAAGUUUCCAGACCGCUAUGCAGCUAACAUCAAACGAUGCGUCAAUCUCAACACCGGUAAACUCAAUGGGUUGAAGAGUCAUGAUUACCAUAUUAUGAUGGAAAGACUUGUACCGGUAAUGUUCCGUGGCUACUUUAAGCCUGAUUUGUGGAAGAUGCUUGCUGAACUUAGCUACUUCUACAGGCAGAUAUGUGCUAAGGAAGUGUCGAAGAAGAUGAUGCGGCAGUGGGAGAAAGAAAUCGUGGUGCUUGUAUGUAAGAUGGAAAAAGUCUUUCCGCCUGGCUUUAUGAAUGUGAUGCAACAUUUGCUGGUGCAUUUACCAUAUGAAGCGUUGGUAGCAGGACCUGCACAAUUCAGGUGGAUGUAUAGUCAGGAAAGAGAAUUGAAAAAACUUAGAGCUACAGUACGUAACAAGGCAAGAGUAGAGGGAUGUAUUGCAGAGGCAUUUGCAGCUAAAGAGAUAACAAACUUCUGUAGCAAGUAUUUCUCACGUUCCAACAAUUUGAAUGCAUCUACGACACGAUAUCAUAAUGUAGAAGAGCAACCUACGACAGAGCUUCAGAUUUUUCAUUGGAAGGGUAAAGGUGUUGGGGCUGCCACUUCUCAUUAUAUUUCGGAGGAAGAGAGGAACUACACCAUGCUUUACCUGUACUUCAACAUGGAGGAAUUGUUACCAUAUUUCAAAAUGUUUGACGAGCUCUAUUGGACAUCUUCUCGAAGACCCACACAAAGUCAAUUGGAUAAGCUACGCCGUCAAGGCAUAAAUGGUGGCCCAAACUUCGUGAACUGGUUUCGUGGACAUUGUAUGGCCGAUGCCAACAUCUCUGCUGACUUGCGCCAGAUGUCACAUGGUCAAUUGAAAGGAAGGGAGUUUAACCGAUAUGACAUCAAUGGAUAUCGUUUUCGAACAGCAAGUUUAGAAGUCAACCGUCCACUUGCAGCCACCUCAAACAGUGGAGUCUUAUUAACGGCCGCAGAGGGUAGUGGAGAAGUGAAUAAUUACUACGGU